AUGUCUGUACCUAAUAAAUCUCUUGAUAAAAAUAAACGCUAUGCUGGUGUUAAAGCGAAUGAUUUUGUAAACAAGACUCGAGCAAAUGAAGCAAAUCGAUCAGCUGUUCGUCCGCAAGGUUGGGCAAAUCUAGGAAAAAUCAAUAGUCGACGAAUUCCACCACCAGCCAAUCUGCCUAGUCUCAAAAGUGAAAUAGGUGUGAGUUCACCAACUUUUGAUCCACCAUCGACUCCAAACUAUGGAUGGUCCUCAACAGAGAAUACAACAUCGACGAAUGUUGUAUCGAACCCAACGCAACAACAGCUAGAUUCGAUGCCUGUCAGUUCUCGAACACCACCACCGUUAAUAUCAUCACAGCCAUCGUCGGCUGAUGUUGAUAAAUCUCGUGCACCGCCGUCAUGGAGUACCAUAACAGCUAGUGGCACAAGCUCAAAUAUGGCGGAACCGCCACCGAAUCUACUCGGUCUUAAUGACUUUCCUCGUUUAGCAACGACACCUGAUCGAAAAUCUCAGCCGGAAUCGCCGAUAAAUCCGACAUUUCGACCAACGAAUCUUGCGACAUGGAAAGAAGGUGGUGGUAGCCGUAUUCAACCACUAGUCAAUGAUCUAUCACAAAUGAUACCAAACAAUCCUGGUGCUAAUUUCUAUCAACAGCAAUCGCCAAUGCCGAAUGUAAGAAUGUAUUCGCCACAAAUGUGGACAUAUAAUCCAUAUCCACCAGUACCAUCAGCUAUGCCUCAAUCUCAACGUGUUAACAACUUCAAUGAUUAUAAGAGUCCAACUAUAUUACGAAAUAAAGAUAUAGACGAUCUCUCCAAAAUAACCGAUAAUACGUGGGCAAAUGCGUCUCAGGAAGUGAAUUACGAAGAAAAGAUUCGAUUUAGUGAUGACGAAGAAGACAACCAUCGACGAGAAUUACCGGCGACAGAUAACAAAACACGGCGAACGAAACCACAGAUACUACAACAUACACGCUUGUUACAGGACGAUGAACAUCUGAAGCAAAUGCAAGAUAACAAAAAUUCGGAAUUGAUCAAUGCAUUAAACAUUGCUAAACAGCGACGAGAUGAACAAGAACGUCAUCUGCGAAAUGAACAAUUCAAUUCAAAUAUGAACGAACAAAAACAAAUACCGGGAUAUCAAACACGACCAUUGCUAAAUUCGAAUGAUCAAGAAAAUCAUAAUUCGUCACCGUCGUGGCAACGAAAGAAUCGAGAAAAUUGCAAUCCACCUCGUGCUCAUCAUGAUACAGCCAAUAGUCAAUCCUCAUUCACGAUGAAAAGUUGGUCGGAUCAAAUGGACUCAUUCAACUAUGCAUCUUUACAUGAAAAAUCUGGCGGAGCCAUGGAAAACGAUGAUCCGGCAAUGUCGAAUAAUUAUAGUCGUUCUCCAAGUGAGUCAAGUUUACCUUCUCAAAAUGAAAAAGGACGUGUGGUAAGGAAAUCGAAGAAGCUUCCAUUAUCUUCGAAGAAAUCUCAAAAACCAAGUUUGAACCCAACGAAGAGUUCAACUAAAAAACUAGUUAAAUUCGAUAGUAAAGACUAUUACGAGAAUUCAAAUGACCAAUGGGAAACAUGGGAAGAACAGACAGAUAAUCGUCAACAACAAUGUCCGAAUGAUAACAAUAAUAACAACAAUAAUCAACAACGUCGGCGUCAACAAUUACAUUCAGAUGAUUCAGCAACACAGAGGUCCAACCGUUUCAAUAAACAAGUGGUAAAUAAAACAAAUCAGAAUGAUAAACAACAAACAAACUCUCAUGUUAAACCAAACUCCGCUCCAACAAACAAAACUAAUCAAAUUUCAGAUACCAAAUCAAUGAACAAUAAAAAUCAACCAGCUUGGCGAUCAUUAUCCCCAAAUCGACCAACUGAGUCCGUUGAUCCAACACCACAAGAAUCUAUGUCGUAUAAAUCGCAGCAACGAACAAAUUUGAAUGAUCAUAAGCAACGAUAUCCUCCUAUCGACACAUCAUCGAUACCUCCACUAAUGAGCGUCCGAUCGAACUUACCCAUACCGACCAGCAAGUCCUAUCAAACGACAAAUCACACAGGUGCACCUCAUUAUGAUGAUGAAAACGCUUAUUACGAGUCAAAUUUGCAAGCACAUCAACGGUAUCAACAUUCUCAUUUACAGAAUCGAGGUUAUACAACAUUAGGUUCAUAUGGACGUUACAGACGGAGUGGUACACUUCGACAUCAACAACAAUACACAACUUACAAUACAACAAAUACAUCGGCUGGAUCGUCAGCACCAUCGACAAGCAAUGGAACACGUCAGAAGAAGAAUGCAAACAACAAAAAAGUCAGCUCAUCAUCCGAUCAAUCGAAAUCUGCCGUUGCUGAUAAUGUUAAUUCUCCAACGGAAAAUGUCAAAACAAUCAACGACGAAAUACCCGUAGUAAAAUCACCUGAACCAUUGAUUCCAUCUCCAUCCAUGGAAACUGGAAAGUUAAAUGAAUCAAAUAUUGGAAUCAAUGAACAGAAGAACAUAUCAAAGACAGACAAUGAAAAUAAUACGAAUCAGAAUGGAGCGGAGUCGACGACUAAAGCGAACAAGAAAAGUACACCAUUCAAUUCAAAACGACGAACGAAUAAAGACCAACAAACAUACCAACAAGAUCAACGUUAUCAAAAUCAACAAGCACCACGCCAUCGAAACAUCUAUCAACGAUCGAUACAAGAAUAUGAUACCAUGUCAAUGACUGGUACACACAAUUAUUACGGUACCACUCGUCGAAUGGCAAACAAUGGUCGCAAUACACAUAUACAUGAUCUAUCCAGCAAUUACUACUAUGAACAUCCUCAACAACAUUACAAUAAUCGAUAUAAUAAUUAUUCGAAUGAACAUUAUCAGCAAUCGUCCCGUCAAACGACGAAACAUACAAAACGUAAUGGUACAUCAGCAAUAAACAAUCGUCAUCAGAAACAACAUGUAGUCAAUGGAGAUACAAAUAAUACGAAUAAUAAUCAUCGUCAUCAUUCAACAAGUGAUAAUGAUCAAAAAGAAGGUGAAGAAUGGGAAACAGCAUCCGAAUCAAGCAUGAAUAUGCGUAAUGGUCAUUAUGAUAAUAAUCAAUCGACAAAUGAAAUAAAAGCAGUUCAUCGUGGUAGAACACCACCAAAGAAGAGUUUUUCCAGUCAAAGGCCACAUGCGCGUCAGAUUUUCAAAUAUACGAAUGCAUGA